AAAAGUCAAGGAAAUAACAAAACUGUGUCUCACUGCUUUCUCUCUGUCUAUUCCGUUCAAAGCGUUGCGUAGAACAGAGAAAAAGAAAGUACCAAUUUCUUGAGAGAGAAAACCCGAAGAAGAGUCAUGGCUUCCACCUUCGACGCCUUCACCGUCGACGACGACCACUUCGCCGCCCCCUCCGCCGCUGACACCUUCUCCGGCUACGGCGACUUCUCUACUUUCCCCUCCGACGAUGUCCCCGUCGACCACGCCGCCACCGCGGCGUCGCCGGAGAUCUUCGGAUUCAGCGAUCCCGAUCCAGGCUACUCCCCGUCUCCCUUCGAGCAAGUGCACGAGAAUGGGAACGGAAAUGGAACCGUAAACGGCUACGGCGACGGCGUUUUCGUCUCCGAUGGACCGGUGCUUCCGCCGCCGGAAGAAGUGGAGCCGGAGGAAGGUCACGCACUUCGGGAGUGGCGCCGUCAAAAUGCCAUUCAGCUUGAGGAGAAGGAGAAAAGGGAAAAAGAAAUGAGACUGAAGAUUAUUGAGGAAGCUGAGGAGUAUAAGGUGGCUUUCUAUGAGAAAAGGAAGCUUAAUGUUGAGACUAACAAGGUGCAAAACAGAGAAAGGGAAAAGUUAUACUUGGCUAAUCAAGAGAAAUUCCACAAAGUGGCUGACAAAAAUUACUGGAAAGCUAUUGGGGAGAUCAUUCCUCGAGAGGUUCCCAACAUUGAGAAGAAAAGAAGCAAAAAGGAUCAGGAGAAUAAGCCAUCAAUCACAGUCGUCCAAGGCCCAAAGCCUGGCAAACCCACAGAUCUUUCUAGGUUGAGGCAGAUAUUGUUGAAGCUGAAACAUACACCACCAGCUCACAUGAUUCCCCCUCCUCCUGCACCUGCUAAAGACGCCAAAGAUGGGAAAGAUGGAAAAGACGGAAAAGAAACAGCAUCUAAAGCCAAUGGAUCUGCACCAGACGCCGCACCUGGAUCACAACCAAAGGAUGCCACCACUAAUAACGGUACUGCAGAUUUACCCCAGAAAGAAGCUCCACCACCCCCUGAGGAGCAGUCUUCUACAUAACUCUGCCUUUCAUGCAUACUUAAGCUCUCACAAUCUUCUGCGAUUACUUUUGCCCCCCGCAGUUCUUUACGGAUCCUUUUGCCAUGCUAUUAGUUUCUAUUGCUUUUUUGGUUUGCAUUUAUUUCUAUCAUUGAGGUUUUGUAUCAAUUAUACCCUUUACUGACUAUUAUGACCUUGGAAAUUCAAAUGUUCAUGGGUUUUAAUACACCAUUUAAAAAGAAAA